UAAUAAAAUUCUGGGGUUCCCAUGUUUUGAGGAGUUCUAAAUGAACUAAAUAUUUAAAACAGAGUAAAGAAAAAAAUAAUAAUGCUGGUAAAUAAAUGCUGAUCUAAAUCGUUGUUUGUUUUCCUUUCCUCAAAUAAAAGUGAGUAAAUCGGUUCAUCAGUUGUUCGAAAACAUUUCACUCUACUCGGCCAUUUCAUAAUCAGUCGUACAGUGCAUAAUAACUCUUGAUAGAAGCUAUUUCAUAUCAGUUGGCGACACGACUUUGGUGUUAUCUGGUGUACCGAAUAAAGCUAGGUAUUGCAAACAAAUCAGUCGCUUUCAAAUCACAGAACAAUCCAUUAAUAUGGCUUUUCCCUUGAAAAUAACACUAAUCAUUGUUUUAGGAGCUUUAUUUAGUAGGGUGGUCUUUGCCGAACUUGAAAAGGGACUUAGCUUGGAAACUUUCGCACGUGUUGCUUUUUACAAGUAUAUGUCUUUGAUCUCGAGAUCGUCACAAGGUCCGGCGAACAAGUUCGAUUUCCAGCAGGAGUUCCUGAACUUUGUGAAAGAUCUACAAGAUGGUGUUUUAUUUGAAAAUUUAAACAGCAAGGAAGGAAAGAGAAAUUGUACUGAACUUCUGGGUUCGCCGUUCACUGGUACGGAUGUUUUAUGCGAAGCUUUCGAUCAGUGUAUCAGUGCAACAGAUCUUUUCAAAAUGGUGCCCAAUUCUACGGAGUCCCUGAGCGAGGCAAUAAUUCAGUUGUGUCCAGUCCUCCUUUUACAGCAGCGAACCAAAGAAUGUGAUGCUGGAAAAGUUAAUUCUUCUCGACCUUCCACCGCAGCUAUCUGGGGCUUUGGAAUCCUUUUCGUUACCCUGAUUAGUUGCUGUGCGCUCGGAGGAAUGAUCCUUCUGCCUCUAAUGAACAAUCACUUGUACCAUAACUUUAUCACACUAUUUGAAGGGUUAGCAGUGGGAAGUUUAGUAAGCAGCGCCGUCUUUCAUCUCAUUCCGCAGUCUUUCGGAAUUCUUAAAAAUGAUCCUCACCAUUCCUACUUGUGGAGAGCUUUGAUCAUCUUCUGUGGAAUUUAUCUUUUUUUCCUUACUGAAAGAUUCAUGAAGUUCAUCAACAAAGCCAAAACAAAACGAAAAGUGAAGAAAUCAACGACUCGUGGAAUGGAAUCUAAUAUAAAUACGUCAGUGACCACAUCAGACAGUGUUACAGCUUUCGGUGGUAAUAUAGCGACGGUUGCGGUAUCUAACGUCAAUAUCAAGAGUAUAAACUCUGUGGACCCUGAAAACUCCGAAGUUGUAAUUAAAGAAAAAAACAAUGGAAUUUUGGGAAAUGAAAAUAUAUUGGAUCAUCACCACGACCAUCAUAUCCACACUGAGGAGGGUAGAGUUAUCGGAACCAUAGCUUGGAUGAUCAUCUUUGGGGAUGGAUUACAUAACUUUAUAGACGGACUUUCUAUCGGAGCAGCUUUCACUGACAGUAUCCUCUCAGGCAUUAGUAUAUCUGUAGCAGUAUUCUGUGAAGAGUUGCCUCAUGAACUAGGAGAUUUUGCCAUUCUUCUGAGUGCGGGAAUGACUAUGCGUCAGGCUGUGUUUUAUAAUUUUCUCUCCGCGUGCACCUGCUAUCUCGGGCUUCUCUUUGGAAUCCUCUUGGGUGAUUUCACGGAAGGAACACCUCACAUCUUUGCUCUUGCUGGCGGAAUGUUUUUAUAUAUCUCUUUAGUAGACAUGAUAGGUGAACUGAACGAGACUAUGGAGAAGGUCGAAAAAGAGGGCGUAAAAGCGUCUUUGAAAAUUUUUCUUCUACAGAACAUUGGAAUUAUAACAGGAGUUGUUGCUUUAUUCAUUAUGGCAAUGUAUAGUGAAAAAAUAAGUUUCAAUAAUGCUGAAUAGUUCGUGUGUCAAGUAAUGCUAGAGGUUUUCGGUCUAAAUUACGAUGAAAAAUAUAAAAGAAUACUCUUGUAUUUAAUUACUGAGGUCGAGAAAUUUCACCAGCAAGAGUUAAAAUAUGCUGAGAACAUGGGUAUCAAAAUUACUUGAAUUACCUUUAUUUCUCUUCACUUGUUCUUAUAUCAAAUAUCCAGAUCUAUUUAUCUUCUUAAUUGCAUUCUUAGUAUAGUGAUCGUAUUGACUAUUGUAUUAGUAUCUGACAGUUCUUCACACAGAAUAGAUAAUUUGAAGUCUCUAUUCCAUUGGUAUUUAAUACGUGAAUGUAAUAAAAAUGAUAACUAUAAUUAAAAUUAGAAAAAAAAAAAUGCUUGAAAUCCGUCAUUGUUUCGCUCGUUACGUUUUCAGGUUAAUGUACUCCUGAGGGGAGUAAAUAGCAACACAAAACACAGCAUUUUUUAAUGUUUCUCUUUAAACGCAAUUAGGUAUACAAGAGAGUCAAAUGUUUAUGGAGUGUUUAUGAGGGUAACUGUUUAAGUUAAUGACGAAAUGGUAGAUAAUUGUCUCUAAAACCUUGCACCUUUAAACGACGACAGUAUGUUUCUGCUUUGUUGACGAAAAUAAACGGAUAUAUUAUUGUUGUUUUUUUUUAGCACAAAGCUGUACAAUGAGAUAUCUACAAUCUGUCUUCCGCGGGGAAUCGAACUCGGAAUUUAUCGUUAUAGGUCAAUAAAUUUACCGCUGACCCACCGGGGACAAACGGAUGCGUAAAUCAUAGACUGACCACUAAAGAAAAAAUCCUAAUAAAUAUGAGAAGACAGAUUGUUUUUACCUUGUUGACGAGAAUGAAUGAAUAUGUAACUUACAGAUAGCUAAUUGUCUAUAAAACCUGAGAUGUCUGACAUGAUGAAAAAGACUUACGUAUUGUUGAGAAGAGCUAAUGAUUACUGAAAUGGUAGGAUGAAAGCAGGUUCUCACUGACUUUUUCUAUCAUGAUAGAGUGUUUUAAUUGAUAUUGAAAUUAAAAUAUUAAUGCAAUUAUAUCUAGUCGAUAUAGAAAUUUGUUGUCACAUGGUUGUUUAUAUCUGUUCUAUUCAAAAACCUGGAAUCAUACAAAUAUGUUAUUUUAAUAACUUGUUACAUCUUUUCGUAACGAAACACAAACUAAUUAAUAUCGGGCAUCAAUGUACUGCUUGGUCCCCGAUAAUGGCUCUGGUAAGAGGGCCGACAGCUCGCAAGUACAAGAAAAUUAUUUUAACAUAGAGAAAGGUACGUGUAUAAUUCUACAUGAUAACAUUUUUUAUUGAUUCAACAUUCAUGGUAUUGUAAGAAAUUAGGAUGUUCUUUAUAUUGGUAAAGAAUUUGAUAUAGCUCGAAAAAAUAGCACAUAUCUGGUCAUGCUAUUAGUGUUAUUACUUAAUGUGAAAUAAUGUUUCGCCUUUGUUUAUCGUCGUUUUGUAUUCCCAAUACUGUUUGAAUUAAUGAGGAUUUUGAUUGUCUAGAUAACAUGUAAUACUAUUCAAAGUAGUUUAUUGUUAUUUCAUUUUCCAUUGUGUUGUUUAAUUUUUAUUUUUGUGAAUCUGAACUUUAUAUAUGCGCUAUAUAUAUUUAAUUCACAGUGUUUUCCACGUUAGUAAGUUUUGGUGAACAUGCGUUAUAUUUAGUUACAGUUUAUUUUUUAUUAUUUAACAUGUUUCUUUGGAGUUAUGUCGAUGGAAAAAGAACCUCUCUCAUUUGAAGAAUUCUGCUUUGUUGAUCAAUUAUAACUUUAAAAAUAUAAUACUGUCGAUAAACAAAUUCACCAUAAUACUGUUAAAUAAGUGAAAAUUAUCUUGUGAAGAAG